GGACAUGCUCUUGUUGAACCGUGUUGAGCGGCUGCGAGCAUUCACCGUUUCAGAUGAGCGUGCACAUUCCCAUUCAGAGUUUAAAAAAAAAAAAAAACAACAACAACUCACUGGUGACUUCCAGUGUGCUCUUAUUUUCACACCACAACAUGCAGAGUAGCGGUGGAAGUUGCAGAGCAAUACGGUUAUCCAUACAUGCAGUCAUGUAUUGAUAUCCUUGGUGAAAUCAAUAAAAGCAUUGUUUAGCCCUUCUACCGUUACACAACUAUCACAACUAAGGCCUGAUUGAUUAAUCGACCGACCGAUCGAAUUGGCCGGCUUUGGCUCUUUUCAAAGCGUUUGUUGAUCCCCAGGGGUCAUUUGAAAGGUCACUGUGCCACUGCGGUAUACCACAUGACAUGAUGUUUGCUUCCACUGACGUGUGCAUGCGAAAAGGAGAACAAUCCAGCACCUCGUUGUGAGACAACUCAUUGUGCGUUUGCGUGCGUGUAUCUACCCGCCGCUAUAAAAACGGCGGGCCUCGCGCGGCCUGGCGAUUUUAGCGUGGGAGACACGAUGGCCGCCGCGCUUGGUGUCGUGUGUUUGCUGACGCUGCCCCUGUUGAGCGAGGCCGCGUUCACGUACACGCCCGGCAAGCAGCAUAAGGUGUUACAUCUGGACUGGCCCCGAGAUUGCGGGAUGGCGUACUUCAAUCCCAACAUGGCCGAGAGGAUUGUGUCGGGCAACGAGGCCAGGCCGCACUCCUGGCCCUGGCAGGUCUCCCUGCAGGUUCGUCCCAGAGGCAGCAGACAUCACAUUCACGUCUGUGGAGGAACUCUGAUCCACAAGAAUUGGAUCCUUACUGCCGCUCACUGCUUCCAAAAGGGGAAGGCGGAGGAUGCCAGCUCGUGGAGGAUUGUACUGGGCAAGCACCGGCUGAGGCGCUCCGAAACGGCCGAGAGGGUCUUCCCCGUUAAGCGUAUCUACCGGCACGAAAACUUCCGCUACCCGGCGCACAGCGAGCUGGAUUACGACAUCGCCCUGGUGAAGGCCACCGCCGACAUCCUCCCGUCCAACUUCAUCCGCUACGCAUGCCUGCCGCGCAAGAAAACCAUCCUCAAGCCAGGACAGUACUGCUGGGUCACCGGCUGGGGUGACACCCGGGGUGCGAAGGAAAAUGUUUCCCUGGCAGAGGCCCUGAACCAAGCCCGCCUCCCCAUCAUCGACUUCAAAACUUGUCGGCAGAAGAAGUUCUGGGGUGACCGCGUGCGGGACUCCAUGAUCUGCGCCGGCUUCAGGGACACGGAGGAUCCGCCCGCCGCCUGUCAGGGGGACUCGGGCGGUCCACUCUUGUGCCAGCUUGGCCGCGAGCGCUGGGAGGUCCACGGCGUGGUGAGCUUCGGCCCAAUCGGCUGCACGGUGGAAAACAAGCCCAGCGUUUUCACCCGCACCGGUGCUUACAUCCCCUGGAUCGAGGCCACGCGCAUCCAAGACUUCUUCCUGCACUGA